GAAAAGAAAAGAAAAAAAACCAAUCAAAAGAGAGCGGCAUUGAAGCAGUCGGCACGGGCAGAAGGAGAGACGGAAAUAAAUAGGGAUUUACUAAACUCUGUUUCCCACUAUAUACACUUUGAGUUUGAGAGAGAACUGGGAGAGACAGAAGAAGAAAAGUCUAGAACUCAGAGAGAGAGAGAGAUGGGGAGGACAAGAUGCUUUCUUGACAUUAGCAUAGGAGGAGAGCUCGAAGGGAGAAUAGUGGUCGAGCUUUUCGACGAUGUGGUACCCAAAACCGCUGAGAAUUUCAGAGCUCUCUGUACUGGUGAGAAGGGCAUUGGCCCCAACACUGGUGUUGCUCUCCAUUACAAGGGAGUUCGUUUUCAUCGUGUCAUUAAAGGGUUCAUGAUACAAGGGGGUGAUAUCUCCGCUGGAGAUGGUACUGGUGGAGAAUCUAUCUACGGAAUGAAAUUCGAAGAUGAAAAUCUUGAAUUGAAACAUGAAAGGAAAGGCAUGUUAUCCAUGGCUAAUUCUGGUCUGAACACCAAUGGGUCUCAGUUUUUCAUCACGACAACUCGCACAGCUCAUUUGGAUGGGAAACAUGUUGUAUUUGGGAAGGUAAUUAAAGGAAUGGGAGUUGUCCGCUCAAUUGAGCACAUAACCACAGCUGAUGGUGAUUGCCCCACUAUGGAUGUUAUAGUUGCCGAUUGUGGAGAAAUCCCUGAGGGAGAAGAUGAUGGAAUAUCUAAUCUUUUCAAGGAUGGUGAUGUUUAUCCUGAUUGGCCUGCUGACCUUGAUGAGACUCCUGAAGAUCUUUCUUGGUGGAUGACUUCUGUAGAUUCAAUUAAGGGUUUCGGAAACGAAUAUUACAAGAAACAAGACUAUAAGACGGCUCUUAAAAAAUAUCGCAAGUCUUUACGCUAUCUGGAUAUAUGCUGGGAGAAAGAUGGAAUUGAUGAAGAGAAGAGUUCAAGUUUGAGAAAGACCAAGUCACAGAUUUUCACAAACAGCUCUGCUUGUAAGUUGAAGUUGGGGGAUCUGAAAGGGGCACUGUUAGACACUGACUUUGCAAUGAGGGAUGGAGAAGAUAAUGUUAAAGCUUUGUUUCGACAAGGUCAGGCAUACAUGGCGCUUAACGAUGUUGAUGCUGCAGUUGAAAGCUUCAAAAAAGCAUUGGAUUUGGAGCCAAAUGAUGCUGGAAUUAAAAAGGAGUAUGCUGUUGCAAAGAAGAAGAUUGCUGAUAGACGUGAUAAAGAGAAAAAGGCCUACAGCAAGAUGUUCCAAAAGUAGCACUCUGGAUGUCAACCGGUACAUCACUGUUUGAUUUGAAUUUUUCACCUUGUGCGCUGAUAUAUAAAGCUCCUGUCUGAUGUAGUUCCAAAUACAGGCUGCCUAUUCCUUGAACUUACAAAUGCUUCAUACCCAAAUCAUAGCCAGUGUCAAGGAAUGCAGACUUUUAUUGUCACAAGUGCUGUUUUUCGGGAGGGAAAACCAGGUUCCAAAUGAUCAAGAAAAUGCAACUGUAAAGAAGUAAAGAUAAAGAUCAUCUAAUUGAACUUCUUCCUUUUUAGUUUUUUGUUUUCCCCUUUUUGGUUCAAGGAAGGCAGCUGAAAUUUGAAACUUGCAAAAUCCAAUGAGUUGUAAUCUGAUCAAACUUUAAACCAAACAAUUUUGUCAUGUUGCAUGCUUGAAGCAUUUGUUGGUAUGGGGCUGGAGAUAAAGAACCCUUUACUUGGACCACGUAUUUUGCUUGUUUAUGUCAUAUGCAAGACUGCAAUAGGAAUUUUUUUUCCGCA